AUGGUGCCAACUAAGGUCGCUGCUGAAAAUUCGCCAUCUCUGGUGCUGCCGCUUGAAGUGGUGGUGAGAGAAUAUGACAAAGAAAUAGAUAAGGCGGCGGUGGAGGAGAUGGAGAGGCGGUGUGAGCUUGGGCAGCGGGGAAAACCUUCUCUAGUCACUGAUCUCAUGGGUGACCCUAUAUGUCGCAUUCGCCAUUUACCAACACACGUUAUGCUGGUUGCAGAGUAUGGAGAAAAUGAGAUUGUGGGUGUCAUAAGAGGUUGUGUAAAAGAGGCCACAAGAGGAAAUUCAGUUUUUGUAAAGCUGGCUUAUAUUUUGGGACUAAGGGUCUCUCCCACGCACUGGAGGCUAGGCAUUGGCACGAAACUAGUGAGACAUUUAGAAGAAUGGUGCAAGGAAAAGGGAGCCGAGUAUGCAUAUAUGGCCACAGACUGCACCAACGAGGCCUCAAUCAAUCUGUUCACUAUAAAAUGUGCAUACAAAAAGUUUCGUACACCCACCAUUUUGGUCCAACCAGUCCACGCUCACUACAAGCCAAUAUCUUCAUCAGCCAAUAAUAAUAUUGCAAUUGUUCAGCUCCCCACAACCCUAGCAGCCUCAAUCUACCGCCAACUCUUUUCCCAAUCAUCAGAAUUCUUCCCCAAAGACAUAGACGCCAUUUUAGCCUGCAACCUCAGCUUGGGCACUUUCAUGGCCCUACCAGAGAAGUCCCUCGCAAAAUGGGACCCACAAAAGUGGACCCUAACCCCAAACUUUGCCAUUCUUAGUGUUUGGAACACCAAAGAAGUGUUCAGGUUACAAGUGAAGGGAGUUUCAAGCCUAACAUAUGCAUGCUGUGUAGGUACAAGGCUUGUAGAUGCAUGGCUUCCAUGGCUCAGAUUGCCUUCGUUUCCUAAUUUCUUUAAGCAAUUUGGGGUUUAUUUCAUGUAUGGUCUGCACAUGGAAGGGGAGCAUGGAAAUCGGCUGAUGAAGGGUUUGUGCAACUUCGUGCAUAACAUGGCUAGGGAUGAUCGUGGAUGUGCUGCUGUGGUGGCUGAGGUGGGCCAGAGGGACCCAGUUAGAGAGUCGGUCCCACAUUGGAGAAAGUUUUCAUGGGCAGAAGACACGUGGUGCGUCAAGAAGCUUGAUGAAGCAAAGCAAGGAGGAGAGAGAUCAUCAUCAGAUCAGUUUGAUUGGACCAACACUCCAUCUUCUUCUUCGUCGCAUAUUUUUGUUGACCCUCGUGACUUUUAG